GCCAAGGAGGGCCGGCACACCCCAAGCAGCCGGGCCAACAACGCAGCACAGCACAGCAACCGGCAACCAGCUAACCUUGAACCCGAAGCAGGGCGAGCCAGGCGGACCACGACGCCCAUGUCCACGUCUACGACAUGGUCACGAGCUGUAGAGGAGGGAGGGGGGCGCGACAUGAGCUGGCCCACGGCGCCGGUGCGGUAAGGUGCUGGUGGUGCGAAUCAUGUUGCUGUACUGUGUCGUGUUACAUACAUCUGUCCGCUAUGCUGCUUCUGUGUGUAUCUGGCUGCCGCUUCUAUUAAAAAAAAAAAA